GGCCUCCACUGAGCUUCAAUGUUUGCAUCAUUUCAAUACAUGAACUCCAUUUUGCGUAUGAGAAACAAGUGAGGAGUGAAGGGAUUGAGAAUCAUAUCCAGGAUGCCCGAUCCGAAUGGGACACGUGCUAUAGUUGCGACCGGUGCUAUUCUUGGUGGCACUGUGCUCGCAGCCUUUCUUUACUAUCAAGCAACAAAGCCGAGAAAACGACAAGGAUCAAAACCUGCUGGUGUUCCUGGUCUGCGGAAUCUGGGCAACACUUGCUAUGCAAAUGCACUUCUUCAAGGCAUAUCAAGCCUACCCUCUAUGGUGCGAUGGUUGAAGGAAAUCGACACUUCUACAAGCGAGCUGAAGUGUGGGUUUUUGGACGAGCUGAAGGAGGUCGUAUUGAAGCUCAACGAUGGUUCCACGGAGCUUUACGAUGUUGGUGGCGUUAUGGCAGCACUUGCGAAGCACAAAUGGAAUAUCACAUUGGGUGUUGAGCAUGAUCUUCACGAAUUACUCAAUGUUUUCGCAACUACAUGGGAAGAAGAAUUACAAGCAACAAAGAGGAGAUUACUUUCGUCCUCGCUAUGGCAGUUCAAUGAGACAAAUGAUUCAUCAUCAUCACAAGCCGCAGCCCCGUCUUACGGAGACGCGCCAUGCUCUCCAGCGAGCAGAAAAGAACUUGUUUUCAAGAGAUGUGCCGAUAUUGUGCGAGUGGAAGCGAAGUUGCGAGCACCGUGUUUUGGACUUACAGCUACAGAGUUGCGAUGCUGUCAGACAAAUUGCGGGUUCAAGAAAGUGCGAUACGACACAUUUGGAGUGAUUUCUUUGACAAUACCGAAGAUGUUUAUGGGCAUUCCGGUAACUAUCGAGGCACUGCUAAGAAAGUACUUUUGCAUGGAAGUGAUUCGAGGAGCCACAUGUGAUCGCUGUAAAACGCGAAAUGGUAAGCGUGAUAGCGGCCUCUUCAAAAAGCAAGGCUUCAGCAAGUUACCCCAAUCGCUGAUAAUCCGCAUCGAACGCGUCGGUGUCCUACCGUCAGGCAAUGAAUUCAAACUUGCUGAUCAUGUGGAGUUUGGUGAAACACUUGACGUCAGAGAUUUGUGUUUUUAUCGAAACAAAGAGGCUGAAUAUGAUUUGGCAAUGUCACGACGUCCUGAAUCAACAUCGAGAAUAGUAGGCGGCGCGGCUAGCAACGAACGUCAGCUGACCAGAAAAGGAUCAUCGAGUGGCCUUGCUGCUCCUUUUGGUAUCAUCGAUGGUGGCUCAUUUGUGGCAGAACGUCGCGAGUCAGCUCGAUACAAGUAUCAACUACGAGCAGUCAGUGAGCACAGGGGAGUGCCUCAAAGUGGACAUUUUAUUACCUAUCGACGUGGGAUUCACGAUCAGUUUACUUGGCAUCUGACUAAUGACGCGAAGGUCGAAAGAGUCCCAUACUCACAGGUGGCUGCUGCCCAAGCAUAUAUGCUCUACUACGAAAGGAUUUUACCGAAUAGAUGGUACAAGCAGAGCAGUGUAGUGAUCAAGCCUUAACUGACAGAGUACAGUCCAUGUCAACCUCGUGCUCCCUUUUCCUCCAGCCACAUCGCCACCGCAGAGCUUCGCGCCGCGUUUGCGCGCGCGUAGAGCUUACGCAUGCAAAAUUCACCUCAUCGAUCGAGAUCGCCGCGUUGGGCCCUGGCGGAGCGGACGCGUAUGUGCUACGGAAAAGCGAGCGCUUGGUUGACAUUGAUUGUAGUUGAGUCGUGAUAGUAUUGUUGUAGUCAAUAUUUAGUGCCCGUGCUUUAUUUAUCGUUAUCAAGCUUUAUAGCUCCAUUAGAUACUCAACUACCUAGCAUAGGAAAAGUCGGUCUUCUACCAUAGAUGUUCAUGCGUCGAGAUUUGCUUAGUCUGCAGUCGCAUUUUCUCUUGAUGUAUAAUUGGUGCCAAAUAGCCGCAUCUUUUCGUUCAAUAUAAACUGAGCAUAACUCCCGUUUUAUUGUCAUGGUUGUGUCGUUUGUAAAGUGCCAGGAAUGUCUACUUCUAAUUUGUUAUUUUUGCUCCCCUUUUUAUUGCAGUGGAGCUAUAAUAUUAUAUCUCAUCGUUUGUAUAAUCUGAUUAAGAUGUCACCUGCAUGCGGGUGUCAUUGGUGCGUGUUAUACUUUUCACCUUAGUCAUCGAAUCCAGUUGUUGUUAUAGCUUUUUGAUUUUUUUUUCUUCGAGCAAUGCAUCAUCAACUACUGCCUUAUAAAGCUUCAGCGCAGU